AUGAUGAAGCAUGUUUUGAGGGCUCUUGGCAAUGUCGCAACACUCUCCUUGACCUUCCAAAAAUCGGACAGUCUUGCUGUGGAUGCUAUGGAAGCUACACGUGUUGCAUCUCGUUCUCUCAUAGACACAGUGAUUAAUAGUUUACACCACGAACUGAUGAGAUCCACAUCCGUUCUGAGGCUAUCCAAUGGCAGACGUGAGAAGCGAUUGGAUAAACAAUUUUUGUUGGAUUACUAUAAGAAAAGUGAACACCGAAUGGCAGCUCGUAUACUUACCAACGCUCUUCAAAGACCACAAGUCGAGAGACAAGGAACCUUCCUCAGGAGUGUGCAGCGAAAUGGUCUCAAUCUACUCACAGUUGCUCCUUCUAAGCUCGCAUACCAGUGGAUCCACCCAAAGCCUGGUCUCAAUGCACCGGCUGGUGUUCACUCAGCAAAGGGAUCCUCUACAAACAUGAUGUCGACUAUACAAGAGGCUCUUUCUAAAAAGAAGUUAAAUGCUAGCUCACUUACGAAUAUCAUGGGAACGGAGGCAGAAGUGGAGACUUUACUGAAUGUUUUUAGCGAGCAGGCAGUAAAAGGACCUCUACGCAGUGAAUCUGAUAUUGAAAGGGUUCGACAGGACAUUGUUGCUGAGGAGAGGGCUAAAGCUCAGAUAUUUAGCAUAGGGACCAGGUACACCGCAUGGCAGUCACACCUUCGUCAGUGCAUCACUAUGCAAAAGAUUGAACUACUAUUAUAUAUUGUUAUUCUCAAAUCACUUGCUGAAGACAUCCCACCACCCCCACGGAGGCAAUCGGAGUAG